UUAACUGAAAGGAUUCCAGCGUCUAGAAGUCUCCCGGCACUGACGUGGUUAACAUCAAGGAGCAUCUGGAUGGAACUUGAGGUGACUGUGGGGAAAUUCAACACUGCGCAACCCAGUGUCUGCGCUUGAGCUGGGCAAAGAGUUACAAGGCAAAAAACCUCCAAACUGAAGUGGAAACAUGCUGCAGCUCUUCCUAUUGACCCUCAGCCUGUUGCCAUGGAUGCCAGCGUUCCACUGUGAGGUCACCGUGGACGGCGAGUAUUCGGUGCUGGAGGGGGGAUCCCUCACCAUCCCAUGUCACUACGAGCCUAAAUACGUUGGCAACGAGAAAUACUGGUGUCAGGGGAAAACCAGGGAGUUCUGCACCAUCUUAGCUCGGACUGACAACACUCGCUGCAUGAAUUUAGCUGUGGAGAAAGUGAGCAUCUUUGACGACCCGGUCCAGCUGGUGUUUACCGUGACCAUGAACGGCCUGAAUGAAGAGGACUCCGGGUGGUAUAUGUGUGGCGUGGGGAUCAAAACCUGGUGGUAUCGUGACGAUAUCGGCUACACCUACAUUGCUGUCAUUCAUGGUUUGUCAGCUGUACACAGCCAAGUGAGUGGGGAGAAGGGGAGCAGUGUCACAGUUGAAUGCGUCUACAGUGAGAGAUUAAGAGACAGCGAGAAGAUGUGGUUUCGAAGUGGAGACCUGAGAUCCUGCCGAUCAACGGGGUCUGAGGGGAUCUACGAAGACUCCUCCGUGGUCAUCAGAGAUGACAGAAUUGGGGCUUUCACCGUCACCUACAAAAAGCUGGAGAAAGGAGAUACUGCUUGGUACUGGUGUUCUGCAGGGCAGCAAAAGACGCCAGUUCGCAUCAUGGUCAAGCCACCACCCACCACCACAUUCCACUGUAAGGUCACCAUGGACGGCGAGUAUUCGGUGCUGGAGGGGCGAUCCCUCACCAUCCCAUGUCACUACGAGCCUGAAUACGUCAGCCACGUGAAAUACUGGUGUCAGGGGAGAACCAGGGAGUCUUGCACCAUCUUAGCUCGGACUGAUGACGCUCGCAGCAUCGGUCCAGCUGUGGAGAAAGUGAGCAUCUUUGACGACCCGGUCCAGCUGGUCUUCACCGUGACCAUGAACAACCUAAAGGAAGGAGACUCCGGGUGGUACAUAUGCGGCGUGGAGAUUGGCAACUUGAUGAAUCGUGACGAUAUCGGCUACACCUACAUUAAUGUCAUUCAUGGUUUGUCAGCUGUACACAGCCAAGUGAGUGGGGAGAAGGGGAGCAGUGUCACAGUUGAAUGCGUCUACAGUGAGAAAUUAAGAGACAGCGAGAAGAUGUGGUGUCGAAGUGGAGACCCGAGAUCCUGCCGAUCAACGGGGUCUGAGGGGAUCUACGAAGACUCCUCCGUGGUCAUCAGAGAUGACAGAAUUGGGGCUUUCACCGUCACCUACAAAAAGCUGGAGAAAAGAGAUACUGCUUGGUACUGGUGUUCUGCAGGGGAGCAAAGGACGCCAGUGCGCAUCAUGGUCAAACCACCACCCACCACCACAUUCCACUGUAAGGUCACCGUGGACGGCGAGUAUUCGGUGCUUGAGGGGGGAUCCCUCACCAUCCCAUGUCACUACGAGCCUCAAUACAUCGGCAACGUGAAAUACUGGUGUCAGGGGAAAACCAGGGAUUCCUGCACCAUCUUAGCUCGGACUGAUGACGCUCGCAGCAUCGGUCCAGCUAUGGAGAAAGUGAGCAUCUUUGACGACCCGGUCCAGCUGGUGUCCACCGUGACCAUGAACAACCUAAAGGAAGGAGACUCCGGGUGGUACAUGUGCGGCGUGGAGAUCGGCAACACAUGGAAAGCUGACGAUAUCGGCUACACCUACAUUAGAGUCAUUCAUGGUUGGUCAGCUGUACACAGCCAAAUGAGUGGGGCGGAGGGGAGCAGUGUCACAGUUAAAUGCGUCUACAGUGAGAGAUUAAGAGACAGCGAGAAGAUGUGGUGUCGAAGUGGAGACCCGAGAUCCUGCCGAUCAACGGGGUCUGAGGGGAUCUACGAAGACUCCUCCUUGGUCAUCAGAGAUGACAGAAUUGGGGCUUUCACCGUCACCUACAAAAAGCUGGAGAAAGAAGAUACUGCUUGGUACUGGUGUUCUGCAGGGCAGCAAAGGACGCCAGUGCGCAUCAUGGUCAAACCACCACCCACCACCAAUUGCCUCUUCCUUCAGUGGAGAAAGCAGAACCAGUGGUGGCGCCUGAGCAGUUGGCUCUCAUGGAUAAAGAACAAACAGCCCUCACAGUGAAAGACUUUACUGCAGCGUGUCAGAAGGAGGGAGAGUGCCCACCCAUCCCCACACCAAGACCCCCGCCGCAGCAGCAGUGGCAGCCAGAACCCCCCAACGCCACAUGGCAGCAGGCAGAGAACAACUGCCCCCCGGGAGAUCACAUCCGCCACCCAGCUCGGGAGCAGACCGCUGCAGGAGAUUCAACAUUUUCUACGACUAUUCCACGUAUGGACAUAUGUCCAACGCAUAUACCACAGAUGUUUAUAUAGCGCAUACAGCACACAGAUCCCUAUUGAAUUGCAUAUAAAGCAAUAGAAUCUUGCAUGCUUCAUGUUCUUCGUUCAUCUCCAUGUUCGUUGCAUGGUUUAUUCGUAUUUCUUCUGUGGUUUUAAUGUGGUUCGUUCAAGGUAAAUCUAUGAAAAUUUCAUGUAAAGAACAAAACUUUUCUCACUUUUUCCAUAUAUGUUCACGUAUGACCAAUUUUUAUCCAAGCAAUAUAUGCAAAAGAUAUGUAGCGGCUGUGUAACAAUAUAUUAAAAUUACCUAUAUUUGUGUCAUAUUUGAUUCACUCAUUUCUGAGACCCCUAUCUCAUGAUCAAAACUGCAGUUGGAAACCCAUUUUUUCUGUUCCUGUCCUGUAGUUCAUCAUCAUUCCAUUGGGGGCAGUAGAAACGUUUCCUGCUCAUUUCAAAAUGGCUGCUUCCAUAAAGCUUUUGGCGGGAAAAGUUCAGCUCAUUUAAAAAACUAUGGUGAGAAUAACCCAUCUGUAGUUAUUCAAUAUUUACUAUGUUGAGUUCAAAAUUAAUUGGUAAUUAAUUCUUUAUAAAUGUUAAAAAUGUGUGGAUCAAAUUUGAGUCAGUGGGUAAAUACGGUGCUGUGUUUCUGAACACUUAUGUCAAUAUUUUUACAUCUUAAACUUAACAUCGUUUUGGGUAAAAUCAAAUCAUUUAAAUGUAACAUAAUGAUUUAGCAAAAUUGUUUGCAGGUUUUAUGAAAAGGUUUGAAAAAAAAUCAUAAAAUUUCCUUUCAAUUUUAUGAUGUAGUGGGCUUUAGAGGGUUAACUAUUUUAACUAUUUACCCAAAAAAGGGACAUUGGAUGCAUGCACAUAUUCCAAUUUUUAAAUAACAUAAAAAAAUAUAUCAAUAAAAAAACAUUUCUUGCUGCAACUAUGUUUUAGAUACUCAUUUUUUCAAGACUUUGUUAAACAAAGCAAGGGGGGCACUGGCUCAGGUGGUUGAGCAGGUCGUCCAAUGAUCCAAGGGUCGGCAGUUUGAUCCCCACUUGCCCCCAGUCAACUGUCGUUCUGUCCUUGGGCAAGACACGUCACCCUCUCUGCCUCCAGUGUGGCUCCACUGGUGUGAGAAUAUGUGUGAAUGUCCCGGUGAUGGUCAGGAGGGGCUGGCAGCCACGCCUCUGUAAAUCUGCCCCAGGGCAGCUGUGACUACAUAAGUGGUUACCAUCACCAAGAAUAAAUGAGGAAUGAGCGUCUGGAAAGCCGCAGAUGAAUCCAAUCUAUUAUAAGGGCUCUAGCACGUAGUGCAAGGAUCCCACUGAACUUUUAGUGUUUAAUUUUUAUUAUUAUUUUCAUUCUUCCGACAAAAGAGUCGCCUUUUUGAGGCCUUUAACAAACCUGAAAACUCCAAAUUUUGAAUUUGCAUCAGAAGUUGCAAAACAUUUCGUAUUUAAUGGGAGACUGUUAUGGGUGCACAACCGUAUUUAGCUUCGUGAAACAUCAGACGAAUCUAGUAUGUAAACGCAACAUACGAACAUAUAUUCAGAUAACAUCGCUAACAGGUAAUCUAAACUCUCUAAAUGACUUUAAAUCCCUAAAUCUGUUGAAUUCUUCCUCAUUUGUGUCGAUUUGGAACAACAGCUAAAGGGACAAUGCAUCUUCUUCUGCGUUGCUCUCAGUAGAAAUUACUGACAAAUGCACCCACAGCGCCCUCUAGAGGUUGUUAGUGGGAAAAUAACAAACGCAUAAGUUUAUUUCUCGAUAAAAAAGAAAAAAACGUUACAAAUAAGUCGAUCCCCCGCCCAACUAUUCAAUUCAAUUCGAUUCAAUUUUAUUUAUAAAGCCCAAAUUCACAACAACAGUCGUCUCGAUGGGCUUCACAUCGGUAAUUGAAAAAGUAAAACAUAAAAUCAAAAGUAUCAUAAAUACAUAAUAUUCAAUAGGAAAGUACUAAAUUGAACUAACAAACUGACUAAGCCAAACUGGACAUCCCUGCCCUUAGACCCUCCUUGACGGUAAGGAAAAACUCCUGAAAAAACGU